AUGGAGGAUUCCCGGGAGACCUCGCCAUCCUCCAACAACUCCUCGGAAGAGCUCAGCUCUGCCUUGCAGCUGUCCAAGGGCAUGUCCAUCUUCCUCGACAUCCUGAGGAGGGCAGACAAAAAUGACGAUGGAAAAUUGUCCUUUGAGGAAUUUAAAGCGUAUUUUGCAGAUGGAGUUCUCAGUGGAGAAGAACUACAUGAGCUCUUCCACACCAUUGACACACACAAUACCAACAAUCUCGACACUGAAGAACUAUGCGAAUAUUUUUCUCAGCACUUGGGUGAAUAUGAGAAUGUACUGGCCGCACUUGAAGACCUGAAUCUCUCCAUACUGAAGGCAAUGGGCAAAACAAAGAAAGACUACCAAGAAGCCUCCAAUUUGGAACAAUUUGUCACUCGAUUUUUGUUGAAGGAGACCUUGAAUCAGUUGCAGUCUCUCCAGAACUCUCUGGAAUGUGCCAUGGAGACCACUGAAGAGCAAACCCGUCAAGAGAGGCAAGGGCCAUCCAAGCCAGAAGUCCUGUCCAUUCAGUGGCCUGGAAAGCGAUCCAGCCGCAGAGUCCAGAGACACAACAGUUUCUCCCCCAACAGCCCGCAGUUCAACGUCAGCAGUCCAGCAUUGUUAGAAGAAGACAACCAGUGGAUGACCCAGAUAAACAGACUCCAGAAAUUAAUUGAUAGACUGGAAAAGAAGGAUCUGAAACUUGAACCCCUGGAAGAAGAAGUUAUUGAAGAGAACACUAAACCUCACAUCAUGCUUGUGCAGCGCCAGAUGUCUGUGACAGAAGAGGAUCUGGAAGAAUUCCAGCUUGCUCUGAAGCACUAUGUGGAGAGUGCUUCAGCUCAAACGGGAUGCCUGCGUAUCUCUAUACAGAAGCUUUCAAAUGAAUCCCGCUACAUGAUUUAUGAGUUCUGGGAGAAUAGCAGUGUGUGGAACCGCCACCUCCAGACGAAUUACAGCAAGACGUUCCAAAGAAGCAACGUGGAUUUCCUGGAAACUCCAGAGCUCACAUCGACCAUGCUAGUUCCAGCGUCAUGGUGGAUCCUGAACAACAAUUAG